CGUCACCACUCCCCACCGCACCGUUCCCUUAUCCAUUUGGCUGACGCAAAAUCGUAUCGGGAACCUAAAAUCUCCAGAAAACCAUGUCUCCUCCUCCUCCUCCUGCUGUAGUCACUGAAUCCGCCGAUGGACAACCUGAUCAACCACCGGCUGCUUCUGCUACCAUUGCUGAAGAACUCGAGGAGAAGCUUCAGACCGAUGAACCGAUUGUAGAAGAUGUUAAAGAUGAUGAAGACGAUGAUGAUGACGAUGAUGAAGAAGAGGAAGACGGCGACGCUCAAGGUGUAAGUGGGAGUUCAAAGCAGAGUAGAAGUGAAAAGAAGAGUAGGAAGGCCAUGUUGAAGCUCGGAAUGAAACCAGUCACGGGUGUUAGCAGAGUGACCAUCAAAAGAACCAAAAACGUACUGUUCUUCAUCUCAAAACCCGAUGUCUUCAAAAGCCCGCAUUCAGAAACCUAUGUUAUAUUCGGUGAGGCCAAGAUCGAGGACUUGAGCUCUCAGCUUCAAACGCAAGCUGCUCAACAGUUCAGGAUGCCUGAAAUGGGAGCCACAUCUCAGAGAGCAGAGGCAUCAACAGCCACAGUAGAAGCACAGGUGGAAGAAGAUGAAGAGGAAAUUGAUGAGACCGGUGUGGAGGCUCGUGACAUUGACUUGGUCAUGACUCAGGCUGGAGUUUCACGUAGCAAAGCGGUUAAGGCACUCAAGGGUCACGAUGGAGACAUUGUAAGUGCAAUAAUGGAACUCACUACUUAAGAGUCAAGCAAUAAUGAGUCUCUCUGCUUCAUUCACUUGCAGACUGUUUUCAAUUACUUUUGGAGUUGUCAGAAAAUCGGAUCAUUGUUGUCCUUUCGGGUAUCUAGUCCCAUCUGUUUGUUAUGACUCUUAUGCAGUAAAGGUUUGAGAAACUUCCUGAUUUUAGGAUUA